AUGCCUGCCACCACAGCCGAAACGCUCUCUCUCGUCUCACGAACCGUAUCCGUCGCCCCCCUCGUCCUCCUCUCAGCCGCAGAUCAUUUCGGCCGCUCAGGCAAAGGUCUACGAAAGCGAGUGGUAGGCGUGCUACUGGGGCAGAACGAUGGCAAGAACGUGAGAGUAUCAAACAGCUUUGCCGUACCCUUUGAAGAAGACGAAAAAGAUCCCUCGGUAUGGUUCCUGGACCACAACUACGUGGAGGGCAUGAACGACAUGUUCAAGAAAGUCAACGCGCGGGAAAAGCUGAUAGGAUGGUACCAUUCUGGCCCAAAACUACGAGCGUCGGAUCUCGAGAUCAACGAGCUGUUUAAACGCUACACGCCCAAUCCACUGCUCGUCAUCAUAGAUGUGCAACCGAAGGAAGUCGGUGUGCCCACAGACGCCUACUUCGCCGUCGAGGAGAUCAAAGACGACGGCACGACAACGAGCAAGACCUUCAUGCAUACCCCGUCAAUAAUCGAAGCCGAAGAAGCCGAAGAAAUCGGCGUCGAGCACCUCCUCCGCGACAUCCGCGACGUGGCCGUCGGCACCCUCUCCACCCGCAUAACGUCGCAACUGCAAUCCCUGCAAGGCCUGCACCUCCGGCUCCGCGACAUCGGCCAGUACCUGCAGAAGGUGAUCGACAAGGAACUGCCCGUCAACCACGCCAUACUGGGGAAUCUCCAAGACGUCUUCAACCUGCUCCCGAACCUGUCGAAUCCGACCGCCACGCCCUCGGAGACGAUAAGUGGAGGCCAGGAAGGAGGGGCGGGGAAAGAGGGCGAUACGGAACUGGCGCGCGCCAUGUCUGUGAAGACGAAUGAUCAGCUGAUGGCGAUAUACCUGUCCAGCCUGAUACGAGCGAUCACGGCGUUCCACGACCUGAUAGAGAAUAAGAUCCAGAACCGGCAGCAGCAGGAAGAGAAGGAUGCGAAGAAAGAAGAGGAGGGGAAGGACAAGGACAAGGAUGGGAAGAAAGCGGGCGAUGAGGUUAACGGGGUCAAUGGGGUUGAUGGGGAGUUGAAGGAGCAGGAGAAGGAUGGGAAGGGGAAGGGUGAUAAGAAGCGGUAG